AUGGCAACCCGCAACCACCACGUCUGCUUCGUCGUCCCCCCUUACCUGCUCAGCGCCAUCAGCGACAGCGAGCACAAUGACGCCCCUACCCGCGAGUCUGCUCGCCAUGCCCUCGACCACCACAAGAAGUACACGGGCAAGCGCACGAAGCGCUUCGCCGAGCUCACCCUGCCUCGAGGCGCCCGAGGCGCGGCCGCUGCCCAUCCUCGUCAGAACAUCGUCCCCAACCACAUGCUGAAGCAUAUUGCCGAGUCCGAGGACGUCGACGAGAACACCCGUGCAUGCGCCAAGCGAGACCUCGAGCACAUCCAGAAAGUCAACGCCAAAUACGUAACGUCACAGGGCCUCAAGCGCGACACUUCAGACCAGAAGACGCUGGCGGCGACAGAGGAGGCACCCUCUCAUACGGUGCAGACCUACCGUGCCGUGUAUGAUGCCAAGAACGACCAAGACGAGGCCGACCUGCCCGGCACGGUCGUUCGCGUCGAGGGGCAAAAGGCCAGCAAGGACGAGGCCGUCAACGAGGCCUACGACAAUGCAGGCAAGGUGCUCAGCUUCUACGCCGACAUCUUCAACUGGAAGUCGAUCGACAACAAGAACGCGCACGUCAUCAGCUCGGUGCACUUCGGCGAGAAAUACGAGAACGCCUUCUGGGACCCCGAGAUCGCCCAGAUGGUGUACGGGGACGGAUCCACCUUCCUGACCAACUUCACGGGCGCUGUCGAUGUCAUCGGGCACGAACUCACUCACGCUGUCACGGAAUACACCUCGCCUCUUGACUACACCGGCCAGAGCGGUGCCCUCAACGAGCACGUCUCGGAUGUCUUUGGCAUCAUGGUCAAGCAGCGCGUACAGAACGAGACUGCCGACAAGGCCGACUGGCUGAUUGGCGAAGACUGUCUUGCGCCCGGCGUGAAGGGGGUUGCUCUCCGCAGCAUGAAGGCGCCUGGGACUGCCUACGACGACCCUCGUUUCGGCAAGGAUCCCCAGCCGGACAACUUCUCAAAGUUUGAGAGCAAUUACGACGACGAUAACGGCGGUGUCCACCUAUACUCAGGUAUUCCCAACAAAGCUUUCUACCUCGCCUCGGUCGCGUUUGGUGGUUACUCCUGGGAGAAAGCCGGCAAGAUCUGGUGGGAGACGAUGAACAGCGGCCAGGUGGCGGCCAAGGUGACCUUUAUCCAGUUUGCCGAUGUGACGGUCGACAAGGCGGAGGAGCUCUUCGGCGCAGACGCCGGCACCAUCGUGCGCGAGGCCUGGACCGACGUCGGCGUUGUGCGCAAGUCCAGCACCUAG